AUUCAGCCUGCUCUGGGAGCAGCCUUAGCUAUCGUUAACUAAUCCAACUGCUUCCCUCCUCCCCUGCGGUGCUGGGCUUAGUGCUAAGAAGGGAUUUCGCCUCUUGCUCUUGUCAGGUUAGGCACUGAGACUGUGUCCAUGUUAGAACUCAUAGAAGUUAAUGGAACCCCUGGGAGUCAGCUCUCUACUCCGCGCUCGGGCAAGUCUCCAAGCCCAUCACCCACCAGCCCUGGAAGCCUGCGGAAGCAGAGGAGCUCUCAGCAUGGCGGCUCCUCCACUUCACUUGCAUCCACCAAAGUCUGCAGCUCAAUGGACGAGAACGACGGACCUGGCGAAGAAGUGCUGGAGGAAGGCUUCCAGAUUCCAGCCACAAUAACAGAACGAUAUAAAGUCGGAAGGACAAUAGGAGAUGGAAACUUUGCUGUUGUCAAGGAAUGUGUAGAAAGGUCGACUGCUAGGGAGUAUGCUCUGAAAAUUAUCAAGAAAAGCAAGUGUCGAGGCAAAGAGCACAUGAUCCAGAACGAGGUGUCGAUUCUAAGAAGAGUGAAGCAUCCCAAUAUCGUUCUUCUGAUCGAAGAGAUGGAUGUACCAACUGAGCUGUAUCUUGUCAUGGAAUUAGUAAAGGGAGGGGACCUCUUCGAUGCCAUCACUUCCACUAACAAAUACACUGAGCGAGAUGCCAGUGGGAUGCUGUACAACCUGGCCAGCGCCAUCAAAUACCUGCAUAGCGUCAACAUCGUCCAUCGUGACAUCAAGCCAGAGAAUCUGCUGGUGUACGAACACCAAGAUGGCAGCAAAUCGCUGAAGCUGGGCGACUUUGGACUGGCCACCAUUGUAGACGGCCCCCUGUACACCGUGUGUGGCACCCCGACAUAUGUGGCCCCUGAAAUCAUUGCAGAGACCGGAUAUGGCCUCAAGGUGGACAUCUGGGCAGCUGGUGUAAUCACUUACAUCCUGCUCUGUGGUUUCCCUCCAUUCCGUGGAAGCGGUGAUGACCAGGAGGUGCUUUUUGAUCAGAUUUUAAUGGGGCAAGUGGACUUCCCUUCUCCAUACUGGGAUAACGUUUCUGAUUCUGCAAAGGAGCUCAUUACCAUGAUGCUGUUGGUGGAUGUAGAUCAGCGAUUUUCAGCCGUGCAGGUCCUCGAACAUCCCUGGGUUAAUGAUGACGGCCUCCCAGAAAAUGAACAUCAGCUGUCAGUAGCAGGAAAGAUAAAGAAGCAUUUCAACACAGGCCCGAAACCGAAUAGCACAGCAGCUGGAGUUUCUGUCAUAGCAACCACCGCUCUUGAUAAGGAGAGGCAGGUUUUCCGACGAAGACGCCACCCGGAUGUGAGGAGCCGGUACAAGGCCCAGCCAGCUCCGCCCGAACUCAACUCGGAAUCGGAAGACUACUCGCCGAGCUCCUCCGAGACUGUUCGCUCCCCAAACUCGCCCUUUUAACAAGACCCUUUUACUCGAAGUCCUAGCUUAACCCUUUGAGACUCUGAGAUUUGUUUUUCCAAAUUUAUGUAAAACAGUUUCAUCUGAUCUACCCAGCACUCAAUGCUUGAAUGGCCGAGCAGAACAGUGUGUUUUCUGGUAUCCUUGUAGCGAUUUCCCUUUGCUGAAUGAGACUGUGACUUGUCGUUAGUGGAGAUGGCAACUUGCUGCUAAUCGGGUCCUCAAAGGGUUAAGGCUACUUUGCAACUUUUUUAAACAUAGAAGCAAUGAAUGUUUUCAUCAGUCAAUCUAGGAUCUGCAGUAUGUAACAUAGCACUUGUUAACCCUCUGAGUGCAUAGGAUUUUAUGGGGAACCCUUGGGGGAUUUUUCAGGCCUUUGGACUUAUACACACAUGUUUCUUGACUUUGCUGCAGAUCAAGGGGUUGUUAUUAGAUGCUGAGAUGUCCAGACAAGAAGAGCAUCUAGAAUGAUAUCUUGAGUGUCCUUUUUUGUGGGUUUAGAACAUGGCAGGUUUAUAACUUAAGCAUCAGCACCCCCUCUUUCCUCUUCACAAUCCUAUUAAGAAAGGGGCUUUUUUUUGCAUUGGAGGUCUAACUGUCAGCUGCCCUGAGUCCUGCAUCCUGAGUGGAGGGACUUGGGCCUGUGACCAACAGCCUGACCCAGAAUAUAGAUGGUGCCCUCACCCCCAAAUUGCCUCCAUAUGAAGAUGUGCUGAUGACGCCCCAGAAAUGCUGCUUCCACUUCAGCUGCUGCUACUGCCAGCGCAGACCCUCAGGAAGGCACCAUACCUUGUCCUGUGUUUGGUGAGUGAGAGUCUGCCUGCUCAGUAUGAGACCUCUACAGGAAAAAACAAACAAAACACACAACUGGUGGAAAAGAGCAAUAAAUUGCCAGGUGCUCUACA